AUGGCAAUGAUAUUGGAUGCCUUCGUCUACAAAUUUGCACAGCUACUGGUCGAGUUGGCGAACGAAGAGGUUGACAUGCUCUUGGGUGUGCCUGGCGAGAUCAAGAAGCUUCAGAACAAGCUCCGUAAGAUCAGCAAAGUCCUUGCUGAUGCCGAGAGGAAGAGAAUCAAUGAUGAAGCCAUUGAUGACUGGCUCAAGGAGCUCAAGGAUUUUAUGUACGAUGCCGAUGACAUCCUCGAUCUCUGUCGUAUCGAGGCCGACAAGUGUAGUGAAGUUUCUUCAUCCACUUCUUCGGUAUGCUCCCCUUUUCCCCUUCUCUCAUGCUUCCGAAAGCCUCUACUUUCUCAUGAGAUUGGCUCAAAGAUUAGAGAACUCAAUCUAAAGCUUGAGCAAAUCUCUAGGGGGAGGUCUGAAUUCAAUCUCCAAAACAGUUCCCCUGACAAGCAGAAAGUGACAUCUCAAAAUAGUCGCAAGACAUCUCCUGUAGGUGAGAUUGAUAUUGUAGGAUCUGAAAUCGAAGAGCACACUCAGAGCUUGGUUGAUUUGCUAAUUAAGGAUGACACACGGGGAAACAAUCUUGUUUUCGCAAUUGUGGGUGCCGGGGGGAUUGGCAAGACCACACUUGCUAAAAGGAUAUAUAAUGAUCAGAGGAUUCAGGAGGAGUUCUCAAAGAAGAGAUGGGUGUGUGUGUCGCAAGAGUUUGAUGAGGUAAAGUUGCUGAAAGAUAUCUUGGAUGGUGACAAGAAUGAUUGUGCCGGUGAUCAGAGUAAGUCCUCACUUGAGCCCAAAGUGGAGACAAGUCUUUGGGGUAAGAAGUUGUUUCUUGUUCUUGAUGAUGUUUGGACGGCAAAGGUGUGGUGUGACUUGUUAUGUAACACGUUAAAAAGUUGUGCCGCUGGCAGUAGGAUCCUCGUCACUACAAGAAAUGAACAGAUCACGAAGCAGAUGAGGGCAGUGAACACCCAUCAGGUCCACAAACUGUCUUUAAAGGAUAGUUGGUUAUUGCUUUGCAAGAAGGUGGUCUUGAUAGGAGAGGAGGGAGAGAUCCAGCAUCUCAAGGACAUAGGGAUGGAGAUGGUCAAGAAAUGUGAUGGCCUCCCUCUAGCCAUUAAAGCGGUUGCAGGGGUGCUAUGCACAAAGGAGAGGACCAGGAGAGCUUGGAGUGGUGUUCUUGAAAGCACCGCAUGGUCCACGUCUGGGCUUCCUGAGGAAGUCAAGGGAGCAUUAUAUUUGAGCUACGAAGACCUACCAAGCUAUCUGAAGCAAUGUUUUAUAUACUGCUCAUUAUUUCCUGAAAACCAUCAAAUUUGGAUGGAUACUAUUACUAAACUUUGGAUUGCUGAGGGAUUUGUGAAAGCUGAGGGGAGCUCGACGAUGGAAGAGAUAGCAGAAGAUUACUACAAAGAGUUGAUUAUGCGAAAUCUUCUGCAGCCACAUGCUCCGUAUAUAUGCCAGAUGCAUGACCUCCUGCAGAGUCUUGCCAGGUAUCUGGCACGAGAUGAGAGCUCGGUUGUCUGUAAGGUGGACGAAGUAGGCAGCAGUAAUGGGCCGAUGAAGCUGCGUCGUGUAUUUGUCAGCAAUGUGCAUGAAGUUGGCACUAGCGGGCCAACGACGGCAAUCACUGAUGUCUUAGUAAAAAAAGACACACUGAGGACUCUAAUGUGGAAUAUGAUGCCCAUGUCUGAGACUCAGAUGGAUGUUAUUUUUCAUAAACUUUCUCGUUUAAGAGUGCUGGAUAUGUCUCACUCGCGAAUUCGAAGUUUGCCGGAUUCUUUAGGUAACCUUAUACACCUGAGGGAUGUCAGCACCUUUCUCGCCUUCCUAACUGUAUCGUGA